AUGGCCGCCGGUGUAGGAUGCGGGGAGUCGGUGGAUCAGUACCGGGCCGAGGUGGAGCGGCUCACCCAGGAAUUGGCCGAGGCGAACCGGGAGAAGAUUCGGGCUGCAGAGUGCGGUCUGGUUGUCCUGGAGGAGAACCAAACGCUGAAACAGAAGUAUGCAGACCUGGAGACCGAACAAGACACUCUCAGGAAGGAGUUGGAGCAAUUGCAAGAGGCAUUCGGUCAGGCUUACACCAACCAGCGUAAGGUGGCAGAAGAUGGGGAAUCCAAUGAGGAGACAUUGCUGCAGGAGUCAGCCUCCAAAGAGGCGUACUACAUGGGCCGUCUGUUGGAGCUACAGACAGAGCUGACGCUUAGCCGCUCUGUGGCAUCCAACGCCCAGUCAGAGAAUGAGAGGCUCAACAUACUGGUGCAGGACCUACGAGAGAGUAAUGAGAUGCUGGAGUUACAGAGGAGCAGGAUGAGGGAGGAGAUCAAGGAAUACAAGUUCAGAGAAACCAGGCUGCUUCAGGACUACACAGAGCUGGAGGAGGAAAACAUCACCUUGCAGAAACUAGUCUCCACACUCAAGCAGAGCCAGGUGGAGUAUGAGGGACUAAAACAUGAAAUUAAAGUGCUGGAAGAGGAGACUGUUCUCCUCAACAGUCAGCUUGAAGACGCCUUACGUCUGAAGGAAAUCUCUGAUGGACAACUGGAAGAAGCCCUGGAUGCCCUCAAGAGUGAGCGUGAGCACAAAAACAACCUGAGGAAGGAGCUGGCCCACCACAUCAGCCUGACUGACAGCGUCUACGGAGCGGGGGCCCACCUGGCGCUCACCGUCACAGGUGUUGAGGGCCUCAAGUUCCCUGAGGAGACAAACGGAACCAAUGGCACCAACGGCAGUGCCAUUCCCACUGCUAAUGGCAACAACGAGGACAGCAAUCGUCGAAACGGACACCUUCACACAGGCACAGCAUUGGCUAAAAUGAAUGGGGACUAUCGACCUGGCCGGAAAGGAGAAGGUCUGCACCCUGUGCCAGAUCUGUUCAGUGAACUCAACCUGUCAGAGAUACAGAAGCUCAAACAGCAGCUGCUACAGGUGGAGUGUGAGAAGACAGCGCUGCUAAUUAACUUGCAGGAAUCACAGACCCAGCUGCAGCACACACAGGGUGCCCUGACCGAGCAGAAUGAGCGGGUCCAUCGCCUCACAGAGCGUGUCAAUGCCAUGAAACGUCUCAAUGAGGACAAAGAGCUUGCUGACCCACAGGAGAGUGAGAAGCCUGACGGUGGUUCUUUGUCACCCCCAACCAAUGGUCACCAUGAUCCUGAUAUACAUGGGUUUGAGAUCCUGGAGUGUAAGUACAAGGUGGCGGUGACAGAGGUGAUCGACCUGAAAGCAGAGCUCAAGGCCCUGAAGGAGAAAUACAACCAGGCUGUGGAGGGGCAAGGAGACAGCCACAGUGACGACAGGGUUCAGACACUGAAUGAACAGGUAACACAUUUGGAGCGGAGUUGUCGUGAGGGCAGAGAGAAGGUUGCGAGCCUGGAGGCAGAGCUCCGAGCAGCCUCAAGCACAGCCACAGAGAGCCAGGGAAUGUUGAACACAGCACAGGAUGAGCUGGUAACCUUCAGUGAGGAAUUGGCCCAGCUCUACCAUCACGUCUGCCUGUGCAACAAUGAGACACCCAAUCGUGUCAUGCUCGACUACUACCGUCAGAGCCGUGUCACACGCAGCGGCAGCCUGAAAGGUUCUGAUGACCCCCGGGCAUUGCUUUCACCUCGCCUGGCACGACGCCUUGCUGCAGCCUCUGCAGCCUGCUCCUCUGAGUCCCCUCGCAGUCCCAUGGACUCCCCAUCCAAAGACGCCCAUAAUAGUGAUACACCAACCAACACAGUGGACUCCCCUGCUUACCAGGGCAGCCCCACCCGCAACUCCAUGGGCUCCCCGGUCAUCAGCAUCUCUCCUUGCCCAUCUCCAGUGCCCUCAGAGACGGGCGGUGACCUGCGGAAGGAGCCCAUGAAUAUCUACAACCUGAAUGCCAUCAUCAGAGACCAGAUCAAACACCUCCAGAGGGCUGUUGACCGCUCACUGCAGCUGUCCAGGCAGAGGGCUGCAGCAAGGGAGCUGGCACCCAUGCUUGACAAAGACAAAGAGUCCUGCAUGGAGGAAAUACUCAAACUCAAGUCCCUGCUCAGUACCAAGAGAGAGCAGAUUGCCACACUCAGGCUGGUUUUGAAGGCUAAUAAACAGACAGCAGAGGUUGCACUGGCUAAUUUGAAGAGCAAGUAUGAGAAUGAAAAGGCGAUGGUGACAGAGACCAUGAUGAAGCUGAGGAAUGAGCUGAAGGCUCUGAAAGAAGAUGCUGCCACCUUUUCGUCUCUCAGGGCCAUGUUUGCCACAAGAUGUGAUGAGUAUGUUACCCAGCUGGAUGAGAUGCAGAGGCAGCUGGCAGCAGCAGAGGAUGAGAAAAAGACACUGAACUCUCUCCUCCGCAUGGCCAUCCAGCAGAAAUUGGCCUUGACCCAGCGCCUAGAGGAUCUGGAGUUUGACCAUGAGCAGACCCACCGUGGCCGCAGCGCAAAAGUGCCCAAGAUAAAAAGCAGCCCGCCCAAAUUUCUUGUAGAUUGUCAGCAGCCUGCUGCAUCGUCACUCUCCCCACAACUAAGGCGAGGGAGAGCCUCCCUAGCCCUAAGUCCUAAAUUUGUGGCAGAGCUCCAGGGACGCCAAGCAGUCCUAUCCAACAGCAGCCCUCUUUCCCCCUGCGACCCUUGUAACUGCCUGGCCCAGCAACCCCAGCCCCCCGGCACUUAA